AUGAACUGGGUUGGAGGCUCCCGUAAAAGAAUCAUACUUAACAAGGAGAAAAGAAAGCAAAAGGAAUUUUUUGAAAAGGAAAAACUGAAAUCAAAGAUGAAACUUUUAGGAGUAUCUCCCCUUAAAAAGUCAGCUGUCAGUCUAGAUCUUCUCAACUUGUAUGUUGUUAACCAGAUCUCUACUAGGAAGGAUAAUACUGACGAUAUCCGAAAGCCAGUUCAUGUGGAAAUUAACAGAGGAAUAAAAUAUCCAUUGAGAAAACAUAACGUAGAAUUGCCCAAAUCACCAGAAUGCAGACAAUCUAAAUCUUUGUCAGAUGAUAUCCAGCUCAGGGUGCAACAAGAAGUAUUAGAAAACAGACGGAAAUACCUGUUAGAGAAGGAAAACAUUAAGGCACAAGUAAGCUUUAUAAAGUGUUGACAGAGCUUACAAGCAUCUCAGCUGGCAAACACUAAGUGUGAAGAUCCUUGGCUUUCUAAACCACCAUACAGGCAAAACAAUUUCAACACGCCAAAUGUAGAGGGACAUGCUGGCCUGUAUUUCCAGCAGCUGAACAGUCCAGAAUGUGGUAGCAUGUUUGGCAAGUCUCCCAAGUUCACGGCCGAUGCAACCUUCGAAAGCAACCGCAGAGAAGACCCAUUUGUUGGCAUUGUGACUGACCCUAUGAAGAAUACCCAUGGAGAAACUUCCCAUCCUAUCACAGCAUUAUUUGAAGAGAAGAAUCAACCGUUUUUGACUCUCCCUUCUUCACAGUCCUGCCAUUCUUUUGCUAAAAAGAACAUCAUUGAUCAGCUGUUUACAGAUUCAGGUGAUGUACAUCAAAUACCCAAUUUGCAUAGUCCUUAUAGAGACGAGAUGCAGCAGACGGCAUGUUCUGUUCAAAGACAGUCUGCGGAAAGGGAUCUCAAAGGGAUUUUUACAGCUCCAGAGCAGAUUUUAUUUUCUAACAGUCAAAGUUUAAAUGCAGUCGACCAAGAGACUGCUAAGUCUCAGUUGAAAGAUUGCUAUCUAGAAGAAAGGAAUUGUGAAAUAUUUACAGAUCAACAAGAGAACACCAAAGAUUUUGAAAAUACAGGGAGAUUUGAAAACCAAAUGAAAAAUAUGAAUGUAGCAGAAACAAUAGAGAACUAUUUUCAAAAACGGGAGGAUGCGCUGGCAGACUCAAAUCUGAAUCAUUUGCAGAUCUUUGGACUUGAAGAGGUAAAAGGUUAUGAAUCUUCGCUAAGCAGCCAGUCACCUAGUUAUUCACCAAAGCCAACAGAGAGAUAUAUCAGCACCACAUCUGAUGAGUCUGACAAGAAAGAACAAGACGACAAAGCCUUGUGUAUUUUUGAGGACACUUUCCCAAGAAGUCAUGGCAAUUCCCUUUCAGGAAAUCAGAGGGCACAGUGCUCCCGCCAGUCAAUGCACAUGUAUUCUGUUUUUCAUGAAAGUGCAUCCAGAGAAACACUUGAUAUUGACCACCAGACAAAGCCAGACAUGGAUCUAAGAAAAGAUAUGUCACACCAAACUGGGAAAGAUUUGUUGGGUGUAUCUUUUGAAAAUCAAUAUGUUAAUGUCAACCCAAGGCGCAAUGCUUGGUCCCAAACAGAGCUCUAUGGAACAGAUGGAAUUAAAAAAUGUGAUGCAGCCAUACAGUGCAACAUAAUGCAGGCUUGCAGCUGUAAAAAUGUGCUGUCCUCUGUCCAUAGUGCUGAAAUUGUCUUUUCUACCAGCAAAGCAGAGACCACUGGAGGGCAGAGCAUUCCAGCAGACAGAGCAGCGCUUGCGUCUCCAAGUUGCUGA